GUGCGCGCUCUCUGGUGUAAAAACGAUUACCCACAGUAACGGGAAAUGCCUGCGCUCAGCAUCAUUCGAGUGGCGCUUCUUUCCGGUUUGAGUCGUCGACGAGGCUGGUCGCUCGUUCGACGUUGCUUUCGCAGGCAUCAUGACGUCUAAAGUAUCGCGUGACACUCUUUAUGAGUGCGUAAAUGGAGUCCUGCAGAACUCACAGGAGAAGAAGAGGGCGUUCUUAGAAACCGUGGAACUGCAGAUUGGUUUGAAGAAUUAUGAUCCUCAAAAGGACAAGCGUUUCUCUGGCACCGUCAAACUAAAGAACAUACCCAGACCAAAAAUGGAAGUGUGCGUAUUGGGUGAUCAGCAGCAUUGCGAUGAGGCCAAAGCAAACAAUAUUCCAUACAUGGAUGCUGAGGCUCUCAAGAAGCUGAACAAAAACAAGAAGCUUGUGAAGAAACUAGCCAAGAAGUACGAUGCUUUCCUGGCUAGCGAAUCCUUAAUUAAGCAGAUCCCUCGUCUGUUAGGUCCUGGUCUGAAUAAGGCUGGUAAAUUCCCUGGUCUUCUUUCUCAUCAGGAGUCCAUGAUUGCAAAAAUUGACGAAGUCAAGGCUACCAUCAAGUUCCAGAUGAAGAAGGUUCUGUGUCUUUCUGUGGCUGUGGGACACGUUAACAUGACUCCAGAUGAACUGGUACAGAACGUCCACCUCUCGAUCAACUUCCUGGUUUCGCUAUUGAAGAAGCACUGGCAAAACGUGCGUUCUCUCCACAUAAAGUCCUCCAUGGGACCCCCUCAGAGGCUCUAUUAAUAAAAUUUUAUUGAUCUGGCUUCUGAAAAACUUUAAAUAAAAUCAGAAAUGAAUAUCAAA